UCACAUACUUUUUCUUGCCACCGUAUAUUUUUAUGUUACUUUAACUUAAAAAAUGAAGUGGUCAGAGUUUAAAAUUUUAGUUGUUGUGUUAGUUAAGUUUUUAUGUACAGUUAUUAAUUUUACUGACUCAACCUAAAUCUUAAACCUCAGUUUAUGCCAAAUGCAAAAAAUUUAGUUUGGUUUAGUUUAUCAAAUAAUAUUUAGACCUAUAUUUUAUUUAAUUUCAGUUAACAAAAAUAUUACAUUAUAAUAACCCUGCUAAGGUAAAGAAGUGAAUGAAAAUAAACAAAGCAGCCGGGCAAAUCAAAACAGACAGUUUCAGGCUUAGAAUGCCCAAUGUUUGCUUUUGUGCCAUUCAGAGGUUACGCAUGAUGAAAAUCUAUCAUGUAGACACAGUACACACACUAGACAAGUUCAGUGGAGACCAUAGACAUUAAUGGUGUUGAACAAUAUAAUGCAAAACUGUGCAAACAUGAUCAUGUGUACAGAAAGGAAAAAUGACAUAAUAAUACUGCAGUUAAAGUCCAGUCAAAGCAGUUAUUGUCUGGAUAGACAAAGAAUAUAUUGAUGCACAAGGAUGCACACAAUCGAUGUGUGAUAAAAAACCUGUCUGUCUGUAGUACCUGCAAGAAUGUAGUGCUGUGAAAAGACUGCAUGAGGAAUCCCUUACGAUUCUUACUGCCCUUUUCCUGAAGUGCAAUGUGUACACAUGUACUGUAGUCUAUUUUUAUUUGGGUAAACGAAAGACAAACAUAUGUUCAGUUGUUUAUUUGUGUAACCAGAAAGACGAGUCAAUCAAGUAUGCCAAGUCAAGGUUUCCAUGGUGAUUUAAUAAAAUGGAAAUGUUUGACGCACUUUCAUUUAAAGUGUGUAUCUCAGUUGAGCCAUGAGGUUGUAUGUGAUCUUGCUCUGCUUUAUUGUCAGGAUGCACUGCACGCAAGAUUGUGGAAUAGCUCCUCUAAACACACGUGUUGUGGGAGGCACAAAUGCCUUACCUGGCAGCUGGCCCUGGCAAGUCAGCAUACAUUUCAAUGGCAGACCAACCUGUGGCGGUACUCUGAUUCACAGCCAAUGGGUGAUGACAGCUGCUCACUGCAUUGCUUCCACUGACAUCAACCAAUGGACUCUGUACCUAGGAAGAGAAACACAGAUCACAUCUACUGCCAACCCAAAUGCCAAUGAAGUGAGUGUUGGUGUUCAAUCCAUCACUGUCCAUCCAAAAUACAACAACACACUUUACGAUUAUGACAUCUGCCUGAUGAAACUGAAUGAACCUGUGAUCUUCACUAACUACAUCCGUCCAGUCUGUCUGGCAUCCAAUGCAAGUGUUUUUCACAAUGCCACGACCUGCUGGGCUACAGGUUGGGGAAAGAUUGGAAAAGAUGAGGUUUUGCCGGCUCCCAAAACUCCAGAAGUAGAAGUCCCAAUCGUGAGCAACAGGCAAUGUGCCUGCCAGUACAAGCCAACAGAUGGUGAUAUAAUCACAUCACAGAUGAUCUGUGCAGGGAGAGCGGGCAAAGGAGUUUGUCAGGGAGAUUCUGGGGGUCCAUUGCAAUGCAAACAGGGUUCUGUAUGGGUUCAGGCUGGGAUCACGAGUUUUGGCGUACCCUGUGCCACAGAGGGCUUCCCAGAGGUCUAUUCGCGUGUUUCUGAGUUCCAAUCUUGGGUCAGUGAGAAUGUAAAUGAAACUGACAUUGGCUUUGUGACUUAUUUGUCCAGAGGAACAGACAGAAGCAGUAACUUUAAUUGUACCACAGCUGUCUCAAAUGGGGCCAUUUCGCUUAAGUUCACAUGCAGUUCUAAUUUUAUCAUUAUCUUUACCACACUUACCACACUUAACUUCCUUAUUGCUCAUACACACAUUGAACUGACUCACUGAGCUCUCUGCAUAUUGUAAUGGAAACUAUGAGGAACUAUUACAGUGAAAACUUAAAUUGUAAGACAGGACAGAAAAAGUAAAUUAUUUAAAGGGGACAUAUCAUGGAAAUCUGUUUUUUAUGUUUAAGUGCUAUAAUUGGGUCCCCAGUGCUUCUAUUAACCUAGAAAAUGUGAAAAAGAUCAACCCAGUAACUUAGUUUUGGUAAAAAAAAUCUUUGCUGCCUUACAUUUUUUUAGCGGAAUCAACUCAUAUUUACAAGUCAUUUUAACUUACUAUUAUUAUUAUACUGACUAGAGAUAAUAAUAAUAAUAAGUUGACAUGACUUGUAAAUCUGAGUUGAUUCAACUAUAAAACGUUUUUACACUGCAUUCUCUUCAAGCAUG